AGCUAAGGAACAGCUGAGCAACUCCACUACAAUCCACCCACACCUCGGCGGCAGUCCACAAGAGAGCCACAGGCAGCCUGAACUGAACCUGUUUCCUCUCGCCCAGCACAGGCAUGCACACAGCCACCGCCACCCCACCACCACGCUGCUGUCAGACGAGAAUUACCCCGCAGUGGUGAUGCAUCGCCUCCCUACGUCAGCUGUCCCACGUCGCUGAACGCUCAAUCACUUGGGUCCCGACAAGAGAUUCGCGCAGACGCUAAAGUGAGACAUUUGAGCAGCCGAAAAUUGUAACCUUACACAGUAUCUCCCCGGAACGCCAACCCGAGUGGGUUACGCAGUGGAUCUUGCAGCCAAAUAGACUUUUAGCCACAGAACAUCACAGACACCACGACCCCUGCCGGCCCGACAGCAGUCGCACCACCACCAGCAGUCGCACCACCACCACCAUGUCGGACGCGCACAUCUCGGCCCACCUGGCCCGGCUCAGCCUCAAGAACGUCUUUUCGCGCCAGCGCGGCGACGACGACGACGAGACCGAUAAUGCAGGCGGCGAGGUCGACGCGGGCACCGUCGCCGGCGGCGGCCACAGCACGCGGCCGACCGACAUCACAGCGCACAAGCUACGCGUGAGCGAGGCGCUGCGCGUGUUCCUGGCCGAGCACGGCGCCGUGGCCGACGGCGACGAAGCCGCGCUGCACGCGCUGGUCGAGAAGCUGCACGUGGCGGUGCCGGCGCACGUCACGGACCGCUCGCACCCGCUGCCCGAGUACUUCAUCAGCUCGUCACACAACACGUACCUGCUGGCGCACCAGCUGUUCGGCGCGUCGUCGGCCGGCGCCUACGAGGCGACGCUGGCGGCCGGCGCGCGCUGCGUCGAGAUCGACGCCUGGGACAACCCCGACGACCCGGCCGAGCCCAAGGUCACACACGGCUGGACACUCGUGUCGCACAUCAGCUUCCGCGCCGUGUGCGAGACCAUCCGCGACGUCGUCGACCGCGAGAGCGCCGCCCCAACCUGCGGCCAGGGCUACGCCGCUGCCCCGAUUCUGCUGUCGCUCGAGAACCACUGCGCCCUCGACGGCCAGCGCCGCUUGGCCACCAUCAUGCGCGAGGUGUGGGGCGAUCGCCUGCUCAGCGACGCCGUGGCCGUCGACGGCGAAAGCGAGGCCGACGCCGCGGCGCACGUGCGGCUGCAGGAUCUCGGCUCCAAGAUCGUCGUCAUCGUCGAGUACCACCUGCCCAACGAGGCGCGCGACAGCGACGACAGCAGCUCAUCCAGCUCCAGCUCCGAGAACGAAGACGGCGACGGCGACGGCGACAACCUCGAGCAGAUCCCGUCUGCGGCGUCCGGCAGCCCCGAGGAAGAAGAACAGGCGCGGCAGACGUACAAGGCGCAGAAGAAGGCCGUUCCCGCCGCCACCAUCAUCCCCGAGCUGGCCGAACUCGGCGUCUACGCGCAGUCGGUCAAGCCCAGCGACGACUCGUGGUAUGCCGGCGCGCAGCAGCUGCGCAACGGGCCGCACCACCACCUGAUCAACGUGUCAGAGGCCGGACUCGCGACGCACGUGGCGCGCGGCAGCACCAGCGCGGCGGCCAUCGCGCGCCACAACGCCGGCCACCUGAUGCGCGUGUUCCCCAAGGGCACGCGCAUCUCGUCGCGCAACCUGCGGCCGCUGGCGUUCUGGGCGCUGGGCGCGCAGGUGGCCGCGCUCAACUGGCAGACGUUUGGCGCGAGCAUGCAGCUCAACGAGGCGCUGUUCGCGGGCACGGCGGGCUACGUGCUCAAGCCGGCGGCGCUGCGGGCGGGCGGGUCGGGCGUGGUGGGGUCGGGGCGGCGGAAUAAGCGGCUGCGGCUGCACGUGGCCGGGGCGACGGACGUGCCGGUGCGCGAGGCGGGCGACGAGGACAGCGCGGUGCGGCCGUACGUGACGUGUUCGCUGCUGUGGCCGAGCGGGAGCGAAGGCGCGGCCGGGGUGGUGGUGGAGAAGCGCAAGACGGGCGCGUACCGCCAACACAAGACGCUGACGUUCCUGCCGGGGCGUGGCGGGGAGGCCAAGAACCCGCCGCCGAGCUGUCCGCUGUGGGACGAGACGCUCGAGUGGGAGUAUGAUGAGAGCGAGCUGGUGUUUGUGCGCAUCCUGAUUAAGAGCGACGACCGGUUCGCUGCUAACCCCGUGCUGGCCGUCGCUGCCGUGCGCCUACUGUAUGUGGUGCCGGGGUGGAAUUUCAUCCGCAUGCUCGAUCUCAAGGGGCGCGAGACGCGAUGCUCGCUGCUGCUCAAGUUCGACAUUGGGGAUGUGUAGGGUGAUUACCCGUCUUUGAUAGCUCUUCUCUUGCUCAUUCUCUUUCCUGUAGGGUGAUUACCCGUCUUUGAUAAUCUCUUCUCUUGCUCAUUCUCUUUCCUGU